AAUACUAUAAAAACCAAACAACGAUCAUAGAAACUAUUCAGUGAUUAUUUGAAACCCCUUCGGAAAGUUUAAUCAUGAAAAUUGUGGCAGUUAUUACAAGCCUAUUGGUAGUGGCACAUCAUACACUGGCUUUAGUGUGUCCAGCUCGCGACUACAGUGAGAAAAUUAAAAGUUUAUGCGAUGCGGAAAAAGACCUUAAAGUUUUGUGGCCCGAUUAUACAAAUGCAACACGUUACUAUAGAUGCCAGGGACUCAAAAAUCCUAUUCUAGAAAACUGUUUUCCCAAUACCAUAUUCACUUUCUAUCAACAGAAAUGUACCAAAUGUGCUGAAUAUGUUCCAGCACCCCCAUGUGGAGAUUUAAAAAAAGGGAACUGUGAGAAAUUUACACCUGCUGUAGUAGUGCCAACGCCAACAACUGCGCCUUUUUGCAAUGUGCAGAUUUAUACGUCUACAUUUACGCCAAAGUGUGUAGGUAAUGACAUUUAUAGACUUUGGCCCAAUUAUAACGAUGUAGAAAAAUAUUAUCGGUGUCAGGCUGCUUAUGUGCCUAAAAUUGAAAAAUGUCCCACAGGCACCUAUUUCAAUUAUUAUGCACAAGCUUGCACGGAUUGCAGCGCAUAUGUUGCGGCUCCAGCUUGUGAAAAACUGAUAAGUCAAGCUGAUAAAUUAAAUAAAUGCGUGCAAAUUAAAUAGUAUUUCCAACUUGAGACACAAAUUUACUAGAAUGAAUAAUAAUAAAUAAAAGUUGUAACUAUCUAGAUGCAAAAGUCAA